UCUCCUCCGACCCCGAAACCCCGUUCAUCGUCGCUCUCAAUCGUUCUAUCUGCCCAGGGGAAAUCUUAUAAACAGAGCCCUUUCGCUUUCCCUAGAUCAUUUCUCUCGAGAGGGUAAAAAAAAGAACUGUCUUUUCAGUCCGAUUCUUCAAAUUUCUCUUGCCAAUUAUUGAUUCCGCUGUUUCUUCCCUCACGUCGACCCCGCAUUUGCCUUUAUUGCUUGUUCGUUUCCGCAGCGCAUCACGGCUCGAGCUUCGAUUCGAUUUUUAGGGUUUUUCGUUUCUGAAUCUGCGGAGAAAGAAAACCCACGAAACCCUUUUGUGGUUCUUUAUCAGGAUUCUUGAAACAGAGAUAUUGACGGCAACUCUUUUUCUCAUGACAGUAAAGGUUUAAGAAGGGGGCGCUUCAUUUAGGAUGGGCAGUCUAUUCUAGGUUUUUGCAUGUUGUCUAAAUACACAGUGACAUGGAGACGCAAAUUCAUCUACUUGAGCAGGAAGCUUAUUGUGCUGUAUUAAGGGCUUUUAAAGCUCAAUCUGAUGCAAUUUCUUGGGACAAAGAGAGCUUGAUAACAGAACUGCGUAAAGAAUUGAGGGUCUCUGAUGAUGAACACAGAGAGCUGCUGAACAAGGUCCAUAAUGACGAUAUCAUCCGAAGGAUAAGGGAUUGGAGACAGGGAGGUGGAGCCCAGGUUGCCAGACACAUACCUACUCAUUCUAUUGAUGUUCUUCCCAGUCCUACUUUCUCAGCUUCCCGGAAAAAACAGAAAACUUUCCAGUCUUACCCAUCAAUCGGUUCCACUGGAAAUAGGUCAUUCAAUAAUCGUAUUGUAUCUGGUGCCAUUUCGGCAAAUGAACCCGCUGAAGCACUUGUUGGUAGAAAGGUAUGGACAAAAUGGCCGGCAGACAACAACUUCUAUGAAGCAGUAAUUACCCAAUACAACGCGGAUGAGGAUCGGCAUGCUCUGGUGUAUGAUAUAGACACAGAAAGUGAGACGUGGGAGUGGGUUGAUCUUAAAGAGAUUCCGCAGGAGGAUAUCAGAUGGGACAAGGAGGAUAUCGGGGCUACUUUUAACAUGGGGCAUGGCAGUGGACCUAUCCGGGGGAGUCGGAGAACUCUAAACUACAGUGGUUUAGCCCCAACCGUCGGUCGAGGGAGAGUACCCGCAAAAAGCCAGCCUAGGAGAGAACGAAAUUAUCCAUCACAGAAUGGCGGAGGAACCAAGUUUUCUGACGAUAUCGAGUUGUUCAACACCGAUGCCCUUGUGAAGGAGGUGGAGAGGGUCUUUGAAACUACUCGUCCUGACCCGCUGGAGCUCGAUAAGGCCAAGAAAAUGCUUAAGGAACAUGAACAAGCCCUUAUUGCAGCCAUUGCAAGGCUUGCAGAUGCCUCUGAUGGAGAAAGUGAUGGAGAGCAACCGUACUCGCGUGAGCUGUCAAUGAUGCCACAGGGAUGACAUCCAGCUAGGGGACCGAACCUGAGGACUUGGCAAGAAGAUGUCCUUGUCUUUUUUUGUGUUAUGCUCUCUUCUUUUGCAUCCCUCCGGCUCGUAGGAUUAUCCAACACAAUGUCUUGUUUGUUUGGCUUUUUGCUGGGGCAAGAUGGAAGACAAUUGCUUUUGUUAGUUGUGCUUUCAAAUGUAUUGAAAACAAAAAAAAAAUGUCUAGGACUUUGCUCUGUAGGAUUUUUCCUUGUAAACAUGAUAAUUCUUUAUAAGUUCAAGAACCACUACCUUUGACCAUGUCAA